AUGCUGGGACUUAAUUUCUCCGCUCCGUAUUGCGGGCUGGAAGGGAAGAACUUGAACAGAGCUGUUGCUUUCUUAUCCGGAAUGGGUUUUCUCUUAUUCGGAUACGAUCAGGGUGUUAUGGGUGGACUCUUGACACUUCCGGCUUUUGUUAAAGUCUUUCCAGAAAUGGAUACUAUCUCGUCUCACCUGAGCGAGCAACAAAAAAGUAAAAACUCGACCCUCCAAGGUGCUGCAAUUGCUCUUUAUGAAAUUGGUUGCAUGAUGGGAGCAUUGAGUUGUUUGUAUUUCGGUGAUAAGUUUGGACGCAGAAAGGUUAUUUUUGCUGGUGCUACUGUCAUGGUGGUUGGAACUAUUCUCCAGACUACAUCCUUUAGUUUAGCUCAACUUAUAGUUGGUCGGAUUGUAACCGGUUACGGAAAUGGUUUCAUCACUGCUAGUGUUCCCGUUUGGCAAUCAGAGUGCUCUCGAGCCUGCGACCGUGGUAAACUGGUGAUGUUGGAGGGAACUUUGAUUACCGCAGGAAUCAUGAUUAGUUAUUGGGUCGAUUUGGCAUUCUACUUUACAGGGGAGUCCUCAGCCUCUUGGAGAGCCCCGAUUGCAUUACAAGUCGUCUUUGCAGUUAUCAUCAUGUCUAGCGUUAUGUCACUUCCUGAAUCCCCUAGAUGGUUAGUCAGAAAAGGACAAAUUGAAGAAGCUAGGCAAGUCUUUGCGGCCUUGGAUGGAGUUUCAAAGGACGACCCAUCAGUUACGAAGAUCAUCAAAUCCGUGGAAGAAUCUCUGAUUGGUUCGGAAAACCCGCAUAUGUUAGAUGUCUUCAAGAUGGGAAAAACUCGUAACUUUCAUCGUGCAACAUUGGGAUUUGUCAGUCAGUGCUUUCAACAGAUUAGUGGAAUUAACCUCAUCACCUACUAUGCAGCCACAAUUUAUGAAAAUUACCUUCACUUAAGCCCCAUCUUAUCGCGAGUUCUAGCCGCAUGCACUGGUACCGAGUUUUUCUUGGCUUCCUGGAUUGGUGUUUAUACCAUUGAGCGUUUCGGUCGACGAAAGUUAAUGCUUUUUGGCGCCGUUGGUAUGUGUCUUAGUAUGGCUGUACUUGCAGUUGCUGCAUGGGCUAUUCAACCCCAUGUUGGCCUCAACAGUGCUUCGGCCGCGAUUGCGGCCACGGUCUUCUUGUUUGUCUACAACUCAUUCUUCGGAAUCGGUUGGUUAGGAAUGUCAUGGCUAUACUCUGCUGAGAUCCCUCCUUUGAGUACUCGAGCUGCUUCUACCGGUAUCAGUACUGCGUCCAAUUGGAUUUUCAAUUUCUUGAUCGUCCUCAUCACGCCCAUUUCGUUUCAAAACAUUGGAUGGAGAACAUAUAUCAUCUUUGCAGCCAUCAACGCCUUCAUUGUUCCUGUUGUGUAUAUCUUCUUCCCGGAAACUGCAGGUCGAUCCCUCGAAGAUUUGGACGCUAUCUUCGCCAAGUCAGGAUGGCUCAACGUAGUCCAUAACGCUCGUCCAUCAGUGACUCCACUCGAAAGUUCUUUGAAAAUUAAAGAUUCUGAGAAUACCAGUGAGACUAGUAAUGAAAAACCACUUGAGAAAGACGGAUUAGAACAAUAA